ACUUGUUUUUCUUCCUAGGUUUUGGCACUGAUUGCAUUCAUCUGCAUAGAGACCAUCAUGGAAUGCUCCCCUUGCGAAGGCCUUUAUUUCUUUGAGUUUGUGAGCUGCAGCGCAUUGGUGGUUACUGGAGUUCUGUUGCUUAUGUUCAGUCUGAAUCUUCACACAAGAAUACCACAGAUCAACUGGAAUCUUACUGAUCUGGUCAACACUGGACUCAGCACUUUCUUCUUUUUCAUUGCCUCUGUAGUACUCGCUGCUUUAAACCAUAAAACUGGAGCAGAAAUUGCUGCUGUGAUAUUUGGUUUCUUGGCAAUGGCAGUGUAUGCUGUGAACACAUACUUAGCUAUCAAAAAGUGGCAAAUGAACAGGCAACAGAACAGUCGGCAGAGCAGUGAUUACAUACGUGCUCGGACAGAAUCGAGAGAAGUAGAUCAUCGCCCCGAGAUUCAACGUCUGGAUGCAUGACAGUGACAUCCAAAUGGGACUGCAAGGGGAAAAAGGAGUACUUACGUUUCCCUCAUGGAAUAAAGGGCUUUUUCUCCCCCCUUUAUUUAAGGAAGAAAAGGAAGAUCAGACUGGCAAAGCAUGCCCAGCCCUGCGUAUGUGCAGAGAUGCAUUGAGUCAGAAGCUGUUGUCAUGAAGAGAAUAAAUGUUGGUCAUUCAAAAGCAAGAUC